AUCACGUUCGGAGUAUUGAUUUCGUGAGCGCACUCCAAUUGGCAGCAUCUCCACUACAGCGCCGGCGCGUCAUCCUCAGUUCACAUCGACGGAGCGAGUUGUAAGCAAAUGAGAACAUGUGUGGGAUCUGAGAGAGUGAGAGAAGGACAGAGGGGAGCGGGAGGAGGUGUGAUGAAAAAGCCAUUUUUUAUUCCUGUCAUCCUGACAAGUGGAUACCAGAUUUGAUUGCCGGACUAUUAUUUUUAUUUUUGAUUUCAUCCUCCUCAUCCUUUUAUAUAUUUUUUCUCAGAUUGGGAAUUUAUCGAUUCGUCACAUGCGCACGCCUCUUCGUUGUAAUUGCAGACAGUUGGGUGCUGUUCAGGUUGAAUGGACUUGAAUAUGCCGCUGCCAGCUUAAUCCGUGCACACUGGAAGAUUUAAUAAUUCACGGUAAUAACGCAUUAUCGCCUCAGUGGCUGCUCUCUACACAGCCCCGCUGAUUUGGUUCCUCUUUCUUUUACCCCUUCUCUCCAUUCUUCCUGAUUUUUUUCUUCUUCUGGAGGAUUUAUCGACGCAAAUCUGCUCCUUAUCUGAAAUAUCAUCUGUUGCUGCAACUGGAUUGAGGAGCCCCCACCAUCACCACCACCACCACCAAUGACUGCCUGCGCUGAGGUGGUGUGGACGGCUCAAUAAGAAGCAUUUUAUUCACCAUUUGACCAUUUCUACUCCAGAUGAAAAAUGGACGAAAAAUUGUUAUUACUUUUAUUACUUCUCUUAUCUCUCCACGCCGAGCUGUGAUUUUCUUUUUCGUGUCUCCAUCAUGAUCCUUCUACUCUGUUGAAUUGCCUCUUAUUGAUCCGGACUGUAGAAGCUGAAAAGCCGUGUCACAACGCGAAUUUCACCGUGAAGUGAUAUUAAGGACAGUGGGGGAAAAUACGGAACCGUGGAGGUGUUUCCCCUACCUUGCUUUUUCAUUUGAUUUAUCCCAUUUCAACUGAAGGGUAAAUGUUGAUGAUGGAGGACAACGAGCUGGACGCUCAUCAGGUUGAUUCGGAUUUCGAGCCGCAAAGCCGGCCUCGCUCCUGCACCUGGCCGCUGCCGUGCCCGGAGGAUUUCCCCGGCGGACACGAGGUCAGCGGGGGUCUCCCGCUGGCCAGCAUCAAGCUGGAACCCGAGGACGUGCCGGCGUGCAGAGCGGGGCUCGUGGGCGGCGCACCGGGAGAGCUGAAGCACCCAGCCGGCGCCCCGGCACCCACGGGCGCGACGCACCCAUGCCUGGCCGGCGCGGCGCUCGAUGUGACCGGAUCGCUGCGCAAAGCCAAGUCCUCGCGGCGGAACGCGUGGGGGAACCAGUCCUACGCGGAUCUCAUUACCCGCGCCAUCGAGAGCACCCAGGAUAAGAGACUCACGCUGUCACAGAUAUACGACUGGAUGGUCCGUUAUGUGCCCUAUUUCAAGGAUAAGGGCGACAGUAAUAGCUCAGCUGGCUGGAAGAACUCCAUCCGACACAACCUGUCCCUCCACACACGCUUUAUCCGAGUGCAAAAUGAAGGGACUGGGAAGAGUUCCUGGUGGAUGCUGAACCCUGAUGGAGGGAAGAUGGGCAAGUCUCCGCGCCGGCGAGCAGUGUCCAUGGACAACAGCACCAAGUACCUGAAAAGCAAAGGCCGCAUCAGAGGCAAGAGGGUUGGUCGUCCUGGAAUAGGAGCAGGGUCUGCUGCGGUGGGGCUCCAGGGCUCCCCCGAUCAUGUCAGCCCACCUCAGAAAGGCCUCCCAGGAGUCGGUGGGGCAACUGGGACAGAUGGAGAGUUUGACGCCUGGACAGACCUCCAUUCCAGGGCUAGCUCAUCAGCCUCGACCCUCAGUGGGCGUCUGUCACCUAUCCUAGCUGAGGAAGAACCUGAAGAACCAGAGGAGGGUGGCUUAUCCUGUUCGACAUCCCCCCAUCUCUACCCCUCACCAACCAGUGCCCGCUCCCCAUCCAUGGGAGCUGGGAAUCGCUGUCCUCCCCUUGAGCAGCUGCCUCAGCUGGCUAACCUGGCAGGGGCCAUCAGGCUGGAUGAGCAACACAAGCAGCAAACCCCUGUUUACCACUACAGCUCUGGAGUGAAGGGGCAGAGCUCUUAUAGUGCCAGCGUCUACGGAGCAACAGGCAUGGGGAUGCUGCGCCACCACUCACCAAUGCAGACCAUACAGGAGAACAAGCCAGCCAGUUUCUCUGGAACCAUGCGGGCUUACUCCAGUACCAAUGCCCUGCAGAGUCUGCUCACAGGGGGUCCAGUUGGGCAGCAAUAUUGUUCCAAGGACAUGAUGCUGGGACAGGAGAGGGAAAGCCAUCCUAUGAUUGGUCAAGCUAGUAAUGGAGUAAGCUCCAACCUUCACAGCCACCUCCCUGGUCACCACAAUGGUCACAGCCACAAUGGACCUCAUAGCCACAGCCCAGCUCAUAGCCAUAACAGAACUCAUAGCCAUACUCCUACUCAUAAUCACAACGGUGUAACCAACCACAACUCACCCCACAGCCUCGUUCACAACAGUCACAACCUCAACCAGAGCCAUAGCCACACACCCCCACGGGCUGUGGCUCUGGCCCCACGUGGCAACGGCAAUCAGCUGCAGACCUACAACCACAAAGCUCCCUAUAUGUACAGCCCCCCAUCACAUGCCCACCUCCCAGCCUCCACGACCCUACCCCCUAACCCAGCGGGUAUGCUUGGCAUGCCCCAGGACUCCUGCCAUGUGGCCGCCGCCCCACACCCGCACCCCCGUCAGAACCAUUACCUUGACCCCCAACACCUAGGCAUGACAAACGGACUUUACCACCAUGUCCAGGGGAUGGGGAACGGUAACAUCGGUAGCAACUACCACAGCUAUCACCAACCUCACACCCUUGAGAGACUACCGGCCGAUUUGGACAUUGACAUGUUCCACGGUAGCUUGGACUGCGAUGUGGAGUCCAUCCUCCUCCAUGACAUUAUGGACUCUGGGGAGGAGAUGGACUUUAAUUUUGACUGCUCCCUAGCCCAGGGGGUGGGCAUUGGCAUGGGUAUGGGCAUGGGUGUGACUAUGGGCAUGGGGAUGGGGAUGAGCAGUCUUGCCAGUCCUCAGCAAGCCCACAGCAACCAGAGCUGGGUGCCAGGCUGAAGUCAAGGACAGCACAUCCCACCCCCAGAAAGAACAACCCCACCCAAGUAGCACUGUGCUCAGCUGUGACACUCCGGACUUGACACAGAGACUAUACGACCAACUCCCCCAUCUCCCUUUGUUGUCCUGACAGUUCUUCUGUAACCCCCUUCUCUUUUUAUUCCCCUCCCCUCCAAGAUGUCACAUUAGGUUUUUCCUUGUACUAGCUAUACUGUGAUGACAAUCUCUCAGCUGUGAUUGCCCAACAUCGCUUCUCAUCUACCAUGAGAACUGAACUCUCAAUGCACUUUAUUGCAAGUGGGUCACAUCUCACAGUGCAAUACAUUCACAGAGCAGCUCAGGCAGAGCUCGGCAUGUUUUGCAAGGUGGCGGCGGGAUUUGAUCGGAGCAAGUGUGGAAAUCAAAAACUCAGUUGAUAUUUUCAUAUGGUGUCAUUGACAGUGGUGAGGACAAACUCUUGUUUUUGUUCUUGCAAUAAAGCCCAAUCUUCAUUUUGAUUAGAUUUUUUUUGUUUGUUCAGAGCUUUCCCUUAUUUCAAACCUUUCUAAAGAUUUUGAUUUUAAUAGUAUUUAAUAAAAAAUAAAUAAGAUUUUGUUAGAUUUAAGCCAUAUUUGAGUAUUUGUGACAGAAUUCUGAUCUGAAACCACUUUAAUGGCGACAUUCUCUAAAUCAUUGCUUCCAAUUAAUUAUCUUACAUCAACAGUGCUGUUAUUUACAGCUUCAUGCGUUCAGUCCUUGGCACUGUGACUUCUCUCUCGGAUGCAACAUUUUGUCAAUGACCUUUUGCCAUUGCUGGGAGAAUAUUGUCACUACAUCGUUAAAAGGAUUCUAUCAUUACUAGCUAGCAUGCAAUUUGGUGAAUUAAAAUGUCAUAUCACCUUGUCUCACCUGUUCUUCUUGUGCCAGCUCCCCCUCUCUCUCCCUUCAUCUGUCUCCCUCGCUCUGCCUGCCAGGGGAGACAAAGUGGCCAUUUCUCACACCAAGCCAUUAAUGUGCUUUGAUUGAAAUUCAGCAUCUUGCUUUUAAUCUCCAAAGUGAUGUGGCAGCGAUGCGUCAUUAUUGAGAAUCUACCGCGUUGUCCUCCCAUCUCUCACCCCGGCUGCCCGGGCCGCCACUCGCCUCUCCAACUUAAUGUGCCAAGAAAGCGAGACAAAACUGUGAUUAACGCCAAGUCACUCUGCCUGCUGUCCUGCUCUGUGAAGGGCCAAUGUCACUGUCCACUUGCCUGCUCACAGAGGGUAAAAAAGAUAGAAAAGAUGGAGACAAGGAUAGAACAACAAGUCUGUCGUUGCCGUGGGAUCAGUCAUCAGCCUCAGUUUCCGUGCUCAUCGGGCAUGUGUAUGAAACAUGUAGCGUAUUGGUAUCGUAAAUUCAUUUCCAUAUCUGUAUUCCGUGUUCCCUUUUUCCCAUGUUUUCUGGGCUUUUACCCUGAGCGUCAACAACUCAAAUAGGUGCAAUGAGAGGAGAUUUACAGAGAAAACAAUCAGCCAGUCAGAGUGGCGUGAGUCUCCAUCAAACAGGGUUGUGAUGCACCACAGCCAUCCACAUCCACUUUUUGUGUGUUUUAUUCUGUUGUCUUGUAGUUGUUGUUGUAUUGUUGAAAUUCCAAGGACCAACAAGAACAGCGCUGAAAUAGCAGCAGUGUAAGGAUGUUAUUCAAUGGUGAAAUGAUGUUGGUAGUACGACCUUCCUAUACUCCAAUACUGUGCCCCCCCCUCACACGUGUGCUCAGCUCAAUUGUCUCCGUGUUUGUGAGUGGGGGAGACUGGAGCUUGUGUCUCACUGGCCUUGGGAGAGAGAGAAAAAAGAGGACAUCCCUAUUCUCUGCCUCCCUCAAGCAGACUCUCUGCGCUUGGUCUGUACCAAGUACAGCACACAAAGGAAACGAGGGGGGUGCGGGGGUGUACAGGUGGGUGGGGCUUAUUGUUCCAGCCAAAGGUCAAGCAUGGCACAGACUAUCAGACCUAUUAUUGAGGUAAAUACUUAUAUUUCAGGGCUUUUAGCCACACUGGUUCCACUUAAUCUAUGUGGAGAAUUAGUGGGAUUUUCUAAGCAAAUGGGCCUCACAAAGUAGUUCUGUUAUAUCCUAUGCUACAGACAUUUAACAAUGCCCUGCUAUUGGAGAGAGAGCUAUAUAUGAUGUCUAAUUUUCCUAUAUUUAUUUAUGAAAGAGAUUGGUCUUUGUCUCUCCCAAAUGUGGUCGUUGUUUGAGUCUACUCCUGUCCCCUUCCUUUUAUUUUUCUCAGUUUUUUAAAAUGUCACUCUCCCUCUGCCCCUUUACUGACUUUUAUUUUGUACAAAAUCUAUAUAUUAAGAAUAUUGUAUAAUAGUUUUUAAAAAUCUCAAAAAGAGUAUCAGUUUUGUUGUCUAUUUCUUUUCUAAGAGAAUGUAUCUCAUCAU